AUGUCUGGCCGUGGCAAAGGUGGCAAAGGUCUCGGAAAGGGUGGUGCCAAGCGUCACCGCAAGAUUCUUCGCGACAACAUCCAGGGUAUUACCAAGCCCGCUAUUCGUCGUCUCGCCCGUCGUGGUGGUGUGAAACGUAUUUCUGGUCUGAUCUACGAAGAGACCCGUGGUGUUCUCAAGAUCUUCCUCGAAAACGUCAUUCGCGACUCGGUAACAUACACUGAGCACGCCAAGCGGAAGACGGUCACUGCUCUCGACGUUGUCUACGCCCUCAAGCGUUCAGGCAGGACGCUCUACGGUUUCGGUGCUUGA